AUGGAUCGCCACGAGGAGGCUGGAAUGACUCCCGAGGAGGUCUCGAGCAUAUCAGACCCCUUUGAGCGCCGUCGUCUGGCUUUGGCCAAGAUUGACAACGCUCCCUUCGGUUGGCCCCAUGUUCGUGCCGUUAUUGUCGCUGGAGUUGGGUUCUUCACAGAUUCUUACGACAUCUUUGCCAUCAAUCUGACUGUGUCCAUGAUCGGGGCUGUCUACUGGCAGGGUGCGAAGACUAACCCGGGCAAGCUCCCAUCCAACUCGGACACCGCCAUCAAAGUUGCAACCUCUGGGGGGACUGUCAUUGGUCAGCUUUUCUUCGGCUGGCUUGCGGACCGCAUUGGUCGUAAGCGCAUGUACGGAAUCGAGUUGAUGAUCAUUAUCAUGGCUACUCUCGCCCAGGCUCUCUCUUCCAGUUCUCGCGCAAUCUCUAUCACCGGUCUUCUCAUCUUCUGGCGUGUCAUUAUGGGCAUCGGUAUCGGCGGUGAUUACCCCUCUCCUCCAUCAUUACCUCCGAGUGGGACGGAACUGACUCGUGACACAAGGUUCGCAUCCACCAAGUGGCGUGGUGCAAUGAUGGGCUCCGUUUUUGCCAUGCAGGGUAUUGGUCAGUUCACCGCAGCUAUCCUGGCACUCAUUGUGACUGCGGGCUUUCGUCAGUCCCUGGAAAGCGCCAAGGAUGUGGCUCACUGCUCCGGAGUCUGCCAGCUCGCCGUUGACAAGAUGUGGCGUAUUGUGAUCGGUUUUGGAGCAGUGCCUGCUUGUGCAGCUCUUUACUACCGCUUGACUAUCCCCGAGACCCCUCGCUACACAUUCGACGUUAACCGCGACAUUGUCAAGGCGGAUGAGGAUAUCCGCGCCUACAUCAAGGGACACCCCGAGGGCCAUCCCGAUGACAUUCAACGCAUCAUGGUCCUUCACAAUGAGAGCAUAGAAUAUCUUGCCCCCAAAGCCAGCUGGAAGGACUUUAUCCAUCACUACGGUAACUGGAAAAAUGGAAAAGUUCUCCUCGGCACUGCUGGUUCCUGGUUCUUCCUCGAUGUUGCUUUCUAUGGCCUUGGUCUCAACAACUCAAUCAUCUUGAGUGCCAUCGGCUGGACUGGUGGAAAUAAUGUGUACGAGACCUUCUACCGCAACGCGGUUGGAAACCUUAUCUUGAUCUGCGCUGGUGCCAUUCCCGGUUACUGGGUCACCGUGGCUACGGUUGAUACAUUCGGCCGUAAGCCGAUCCAACUGGCCGGCUUCAUCCUUUUGACCAUUCUGUUCAUCAUCAUCGGCUUUGCCUUUGAGCCCCUGAAAAAUUCAAACAACGGCCUCUUGGCAAUGUACAUCCUUGCCCAAUUCUUCUUCAACUUCGGACCCAAUGCGACUACGUUUAUUGUCCCCGGCGAGUGUUUUCCAACUCGCUACCGCUCGACCUCGCACGGUAUCAGUGCAGCCUCUGGAAAGAUUGGGGCCAUCAUCGCCCAGUGCGUGUUCGGCCCCCUCGUUCACCGCGGUGGCAAGAAGGACAACUCUGACUCGCCCUGGCUCAAUCAUGUUAUGCAGAUAUUCGCUCUGUUUAUGCUCUGUGGUGUCUUCACCACUCUUUUGAUCCCCGAGACGAAGCGCAAGACCCUAGAGCAACUCAGUGGUGAGGACUACUAUAACAAUCCAUCCGUUGAGAUGAACACGACCAGCCCAGACAAAAUGGAAGACUACACUCGCCCCAAGGACCACAAUUUGAGCUCUGUCCAAAGCACUGGCACACAGAGCGACACUGUCUACGCUCAUGGCCAGGGCAACGGCAACUAA